AUGCUGUUCAUUUUUCUCCUUGUCACGGCUUUGGCCGCUUUGAUACUGUACAUCUACCGAUUCGGGACGAGGAACGAGAACUUCUUCCUCGAGAGAGGACUGAAGUUCCACAAACCGACUUUUCUUUUUGGGAAUUGCUACAAGAUGGUGAGAAAGCAAGAUUGCUUGUACGACUACAUAAAGAACCUCUCGAAAGACUUCCCGAACGAAAAGAUGAUUGGACACUUCGAAUUUCGUGAUCCCAUUGUGAUAAUCCUUGAUCCUGAAUUGGUGAAGAAACUGGCUGUGAAGGAGUUCGAAAGCUUCACGGAUCACAGGAAUGUGUUUUCUGAGGAACUGGAUCCUCUCUUUGGCAAUUCAAUGUUCUCCAUGAAAGGACAGAAGUGGAAGGACAUGCGAUCCACUCUGAGUCCAGCUUUCACGGGCAGCAAAAUGCGACUCAUGUGUGAUCUCAUCGUGGAGAUAUGCGAACAAAUGGUGGAUUAUUUGAAGAAAGAGGUGACAGAAAAGGGGCCGCAAACGCAUGAAAUGAAGGAGUUUUUCUGCAAAACAGGCACAGAUAUUAUUGGCACGUGUGCUUUUGGCAUCAAAGUAGAUUCAUGGAAGGCGAAGGAUAACGAUUUCUACGUGUCAGCUUCGAAGCUCUUCAGUUUCUCUGGAUUUAUUGUCCAAAUGAAGCUCUUAUUCUACAGAAUGUGUCCGUCAGUAAUGGAAUAUCUCAAAAUUCCACUCUUUGAUCAGGUGCACAGAAGCUUCAUGAAGAAUCUCGUUGUGGACACAAUGAAAUUGAGGGAGGAGAAGAACAUUGUUCGUCAUGACAUGAUUCAUCUCUUGAUGGAGGCACAGAAAGGCAAUCUAAAGCACACUUCUUCGUCUGAGAAGGAUUCCGCAGGAUUCGCAACGGUUGAGGAGUCUGACGUUGGACGAGCUGUGACGAAGAGAGUGUGGACAGAGGAUGAGAUUGUGGCUCAAUGCUUCCUCUUCUUCUUGGCUGGUUUCGACACAUCAUCGACUCUAUUGAGCUUUCUCGCGUAUGAAAUAACCGCCAAUCCUGAUGUGCAGGAAAAACUCUACCAAGAAAUAUUGAAAGUGCAUGAAAAGCUCGAUGGAAAGCCAAUAAAGUAUGACAAUCUACACGAACUGAAGUAUCUGGACAUGGUGAUAUCGGAGAGCCUGAGAAAGUGGGCAGUGCCUUUUGUUGAUCGCGUCUGCACUCGAGAUAUCACAAUCAAAUAUGAUGGCGAUAAGGAAUAUACAUUCCGCAAGGGAGAAGCCUUUUGGAUUCCCAUCGUAACUUACCAUUACAAUCCUGAGUUCUUCCCUCAUCCGGAAAAAUUUCUACCGGAGAGAUUCAGUGAUGAAAGCGAUCGUUUGAUUGAUCCUGCUACUUAUCUUCCUUUCGGCAUUGGACCGCGCAAUUGCAUUGGCUCACGCUUGGGCUUGAUGAAGAUAAAGUCCUUGUUCUACUACUUGAUCUUGAAUUUCCAUCUGGAGGCAAAUGAGAAGACUCAAAUUCCCAUUCAACUGGAAAAGAACUUCCUUGGAUUGGUGCCUGAGAAGGGAAUUCACGUGCAAUUGCGCUCCAGACAAAGUGAGAUGAGCAUCUUUUGGUUGUUGGUUCUUGUAAUAGUCAUACUUUUUUGUGUCUAUAAGUAUGGCAUGCGGAAGGAGCAUUUUUUCCGAGAUCGUGGUGUUAAAUAUCACAAAACAUUGCCUUUCGUCGGAAAUUCACUGGGAACUUUUCUUCGCAAAGACAACAUCAUCAGUCACGUCCUGAAACUGUGCAAGACGUAUAGGAAUGAAAAAGUCUUUGGUGCUUUCGAUUCAAUGACGCCAACUUUGGUUAUUCAAGAUCCGGAUUUAGCCAAAUAUCUGGCCAUCAAGGAAUUCGAUCACUUCAUGGAUCACGAGCAAAUAUCCUCAGCAGACAUUGAUCCUCUAUUUUCGCAAUCCCUGUUUUUACUUCAGGGCCACAAAUGGCGCGAAAUGAGGGCCACCUUAAGUCCUGCCUUCACAGGAAGCAAAAUGCGUUUCAUGAGUGAAUUUAUCGUGGAAAUCUGCGCGCAAAUGGUGGAUUAUUUGAAGACGGAGGCUAAAGAAAAGGGACCUCAAGCUCGAAAUGUUACUGAUCUUUUCUCAAGACUUGCUACUGACAUAAUUGGAACGUGUGCUUUUGGCAUCAAAGUGGAUUCCUUGAAGGAGAAGAACAAUAAGUUCUUCACAAGUGCUAAGGAAAUGUUUGAUUCCUCAUCAAUUUUUAUCUUGAUUAAACUAAUAGCAUCCAGCGUGUGUCCUUGGCUGAUGAAAUUAUUUGGAAUUACUAUCUUCGGUGAACACAACAGGAGUUUUCUUAAGGAUCUCGUUUUAAAUAGUAUGAAAAUUCGCCAAGAGAAGAACAUAAUUCGUCCUGAUAUGAUUCAUCUUCUGAUUGAGGCACAGACAGGCUCUUUAGAUCAGACAUCAACCGAUAAGGAUUCUGCAGGAUUCGCGACUGUUGAGGAAUCGCAAAUGAAAUCUGUUGCUAAGAAAACUUCCUGGACAGAUGAUGAACUUGUCGCGCAGUGCUUUAUUUUCUUCCUAGCAGGAUUUGACACCGUGUCAACUGUUCUCACGUUCCUAACUUAUGAAAUUGCCAAAGACGAUCAAAUACAAAAGAAACUGUAUCAAGAAGCCACAACUGUUCGUGAUGGACUAAAAGGAAAGCUUUUGACUUAUGAGAGCCUACGAAAUUUAAAAUAUCUAGACAUGGUAGUUUCCGAAGCAUUAAGAAUUUGGCCUCCAGUCCCUUCUUUUGAUCGCAUUUGCACUAAAGAUUUAACGAUAGAGUACAAUAAAGGCAAAAUGUACACCUUCCACGAAGGAGAAAUGAUGUGGAUUCCAGUUGCUGACUAUCACUUCAACCCAAAAUACUUUUCCGACCCGAAAAAAUUCGACCCUGAGCGAUUCAGCGAUAAGAACAAACAUUUGAUAAAUCCAAAUACUUAUCUUCCUUUCGGUAUCGGACCUAGAAAUUGCAUAGGGUCCCGUUUUGCAUUGAUGGAGAUAAAGUCUCUUAUCUACUAUCUCAUCCUAAAUUUCCACUUCGACAUGUCGGACAAAACGGAAGUUCCAGUGGUUCUCGUGAGUUCUUUUGUUGGAUUGAAAGCCAGAUCAGGAGUUUGGAUAAAGUUUCGUCCCAGGGAAUAAUUGAUAAAAUACACUGUAAGCUCAUCGUUGUUUUGUAACAGGCGCCCACCUAAUAAUUACACAAUAAAUAUUGCAAUCGGUUGUGAAAUAAUAUUGACGUACAAAA